GAUGUUCAAACUAUGCAUCUCGAAGAAGUAUUAAUCAAAACAGAAUACAAAACGAGCAAAAUGGCCACAUAUUUGGAAGAGAAUCAAGUAUCGCAAAUUCGGCGUAUAAAAGAUGAAGACAUGCCGCGAUCAUAUCGCUUAAUGUGCGACAGUCGCCUGGAUUCUUAUAUUUUGCGAAAAGAUUGUGAAUCAUUUGAAAACGUUUUUUCUCUCAUUGAAGGCGACUACAUGCCGGCCAAUUAUGUUCAUCGUACAAAGCAACGCACCGUGUUGGGAAUUGCUGCGGAAAAUGGUUCACUGAAUAUGAUGUUAAAGCUUUUGGCUUUUGGUGAAAGUGCGACCUUUAAAGAUCCAUUUGGUAAAAGCGCAAUUGAUUAUGCGAAAGAAAAUAAACAAGAGGAAUGUUGUGAGGGUUGUGAGCUCUUAAUGUGUUAUGAACGUGUGACAUCCACCACAACAUGGAAAAAUUACGUGGAAAUUGGAAGAGCGUAUCGAUCAACACAAGGCACACAAAAUAUUAUUGAUCACAACUUACUUUUUCAUGUCAUUGAUCAUAUCCAUGAAAAUACGUCAAAAAAUGGCGCUAUUCUUGUAUUUUUGCCCAGCUACGACGAUAUAUGCGAACAACAUGAAAAGUUAGUAAGCGUACAUGGAUUACAGGAUUGGGGUUAUAAGAUUUUUGCGCUGCAUAGCGAACUAAAUGAUGAAAACAAUGAGGGUCAUGCUCAUGUCUUUGAUCGCAUGGAAAAUGGCGUUCGAAAAAUAAUAUUAUCUACAAAUAUUGCAGAAACAGCACUUACAAUAGAUGAUGUCGUCUACGUUAUUGAUGCCGGAAAAGCAAAAUCGCUGUUUUAUGACGCGGAAACCAAAUCGACCAUUCUCGAAUUAAAGUCUAUUUCACAGGCAUGUGCAAAACAGCGCAGUGGCAGAGCUGGUCGCGUUCAAAACGGCUUCUGUUAUCGUUUGUAUUCAUUGGAACAAUACAAAAUGAUGCACAAAUAUAAGCCAGCAGAAAUUGUACUUUUGUAAACAUUUGGUAAACAUGCCAAUCGAUUGUCAAUUGAGUAAGACACUCUUCUACGCAAUUAUUUUGCGAUGUUUGGAUCCCAUUGUUAUGAUUUCCAGUGCACUGUCGGUGAAAGAUUUAUUCGUACUUUCAUUUGAAAAUACACAGGAAGUGACUGAAAAAAUCAAUGAAACAAAAAAUCGAUUCGCAGAAAAUAAAUAUAGCGACCAUCAACUGUAUUUCAAUAUAAUUCAGAAUUGGUCGAAACAAUUACGGGAACAUCAACGAAAAUUUUGUGUCGAGAAUUACAUUUCACAAGGUAACAUGUUAAAAGCCGAAGGCAUUCGACGUUUAAUCUUCGACUACAUAUGCAAAUCUGGUAUGAUUUCGCAAUCAAUGCGUGAAUUGAACGAAAAUUCCAGCAAUUGGAAUAUGGUGAACGCAUGCAUCAUGGCUGGGUUUUAUCCUAACCAUAUUGUGAAUAAUGGGAACAGCAUUGGAAAUACCCAUCCACAUCCGUCAUCUGUUGUGUCACAAGCUAGCCUAAAUCAACCUGGACUUGUGGUAUUUGAACAAAAACAAAAACGAAAGAACGGCAACUUUGUUCUGAAAAAUAUUUCAGUUUUACCAUCGGAAGCUGAAAGUUUGUUACCAAAAUUGGAAGAAC